CGCAUGUCUGACUUUCAUCUCCCCGCCCUUGACAACGAGCCCCACGUGCUCGUCCAUGGAGAUAUGAAUCCUUCCAACAUCAUCAUCAACAACCAGAAGUUUUCAGCUGUCUACCCGCGCUUUCUAACGAACGAGCCCCGAUUAGUAGGAGAGGAGUUUGAUUGGGCACCGUGCGCUUACUCGCAGACGCAGAAAGAUGACCGUUCGUCCUAUCUGCAGUGUAUUAAAGAUUUGGCACCUACAAAAGGGGAAUAUGCAGGUGUUUAUGCUGAUAUUCUGUCGCGCGAUAAUGAGGAAGAGUGGUAUUGGUGGCUUAGCGCGGUGAACCGUCGAGAUAUAAUGAGAGCGCUG